ACCUGUAAUAAAUAAUCGAUUUUCGAUUAUCUUGCCUUCUUCGUUUUUUGGGAAUGAGGAACGAGUAGACGAUCUGUGUUAUUUACGUAGUCCAUGAAAUCAGAAAUUGCGUCAUCUGGGCACAUCUGAGACAGGAAUCGAAAUAUUGCAGUGAAAAGCACAUGGCAGAGGGAUUACAGCGUCUAAAUUUUUGAUAAAGUGUCAUAAAAACCAGAAACUUCGGAACAUAGAAACCAAAUAGAGAGAGAUCACAAAAUCAAGUAAACAAGAAAAACGAUCUUUUCUGAUGCAGAUGGCGCCGAGAAACAAGGAAAACUACUCCGCGAAUAAGAAAAAGAAACCAGUCUCUGAUGAAGAAGACGACGAGGAUUACAGAAGAAGACGUGACAGGAAUAAUCAGGCAGUAAAAAGAUCCCGAGUGAAGAGCAAACUACGUACACAGCAGACCCUCGAACGAGUGAAUCAGCUGAAGAAUGAAAACGAAUUGCUGGAGGAGAAAAUCAAAAUGCUUACCAAGGAACUCGGAUUUUUGAAGGAUCUCUUUCUAGCACAUGCAGGUUCAAAUCCAAACUCGAUAAACGUCCAGGAACUGGAUUUGAACGCGCUUCUUGCGGAGGAAUCGUGUUCGAAAUCCGAAGACUCGUCGAUGUAAAUUUCUUGCCAUUUGCGUCGCAGCGACGACGUGGUGCAAUUUCAAUUGAAUGGAACUUUGUGUCCUUUCUCGUUUCUCUUGAGCAGUCAUUGCAAUUUGGACAUCUUGGAAAGAUGCCAGGCAUCGCGACGACAAGUCGCGUGCGAGUCGCAAGAAUCUUAAACGAAAAACUAACGAAAUAUCCACCAGCAAAUAAGUUUAAAACACCUAGAAAUCUGCUUGUGUUUUAAGUCCCGAAUCGAGAGAAACACUGGGAUUCGCUCCAAUGUAAAGAAGGCUGUGCAACUACUGUUACUAAAUUCAUAAUCCAUACCUACAGGUUGAUAGAUCAUCGUCUUCAGGAAAGAGAUCAAGUGCAUUUUAUGGGAAUCCUGCAUGAAAAUUUACACGCAACUAGGCGUAAGGUUUAAAUUAAAAAUUUUUUUAACUUUCUGCACAUCGCAAAGCAUUUAGUUUCUUCCUUUUAUAUCAUAUUUUUUUCGAUACCAAUAUUUUUAAAGUGAUUUUUUGUAAAAAAAAAUCCGGAUAUUUUUGUAAAUAUAUAUAUUUAUAAACUUACGUUGCUCCAAAGCGGAAAUUUUUAAUUUUGAGAUGAGAUAAUUUUUUUAUUUGAUGGAUUUAGAUGUCUUUUGAUCUCGCUUUGGAACUGCGGAUUAUAUUAUUAAUGGAGAUCAGAGAUUGGUAUUUAGAUUAAUAAAAAUUGGAAAGUUUUGGUAUUGUGUUGAUGAAGGCGUUUUUAGUUUAUAAGAGAUAUAUUUUUAUUCUAAAUAGAAGGUGUUUUUAAUAUAUUAUCUGUCUCUGAUUGUAAGAAUGUUAAGUGAAUAUAAGAGUAUUUUAUUUAUUGUACGAAACUUUUCAGUUACGUUUUAAAAGAAAAAUUAAUUUAAGAUUGUGACUGGGAAUUUGAGCUUUUGAGGAUGCGAAUUUAAGUCAGUUUUAUAUUCGUGACGAAAAAUACAAAUAAAAAACGAUUUUAAC